CGCCGGAGCAGUCGCCGAGCAACGCCGCACGAUGAGCCCUGCACGAGCCCUGAUGGUUCCGGCCCUGGCCGUGGCCUGCCUGCUGGCGGCGGCCGACGCCUUCCCGCAAGGGUAUGAGCCAGAGCCGGUCUACGGCUACCAGCCGGAGCAGCCGUACGGCCGCGACAAGUUUGUGGUGGCGGAAAUCCAGCCCCGACAAGGCUACGGCAAACCCUCCUACGGACGCGUCAAAAUACAGACGUACCGCGGGCCCAGCAAGGGUCACGGCUACGACGUGUUCGCGCCCUGGGGCUAUUACGUCACGCAGCCCGAGGAUGAUAAGGGCUACGGUUACCACUGAGCCGCGGACGUCAUGACGUCAGAGCAGGAUAAGAUGAUGUGCCCACUAGUCUUUUCAUCAGCCGGGCUCUUCCGCGAUCCGAAGUCACCCCCGGCCUCUAGGCCGACGUGACCUUGUGCGACCUUGGGCGACCCCUGCUGACAUCAGCUGGCAGCGCAGUGCCGCACUUCCCUUGCCGGUGCGCCACAUGUUCAUUGUUCUUGGCUGCAUUGCGCAUGCGUUCGCAUUGAAUAAACAUCGCGUGUUGGAA